CUCAUAUCUAGACUUGAAGGUAUAUAUCAAGCAAGUAUUGGUGGUUCACCAGUACGGAAGCUCACCUAGCUCUCCUCACUCUCAGCCUGCGCGCCUCGAACAACAGUGCUGAGUUUGAUAAUGAAACUUUUCUCGGGUCUUUCAGGCCUUACUCUGGCUCAUCUAUCAAUGAACUUACUCGCUGCAAAUGUACCUGAUGACCCCUUUGACUACAUCGUUGUGGGUAGUGGCCCAGGAGGUAUCGUCACUGCUGAUAGGCUUUCUGCCAAUGGCAAAAAUGUGCUUCUGAUCGAGAGAGGACCCCCAUCUUCUUUCAGAUGGGGUGGGAGACGGAGAGGAAAAUGGCUUGAAAACUCGAAUCUCACAAGGUUUGACGUCCCAGGCCUUUACGGCCUCAUAUGGCAAGACAGCACCGACAUUAAAUGCCCGGACGUCGUGCCCAUGGCAGGCUGUGUCCUUGGUGGUGGAUCCGCCAUCAAUGCAGGCCUUUGGUUCAAGCCUCAAAGCUUGGACUGGGAUUCCCAGUUUCCUGAUGGUUGGAAAGCCGAGGACCUCUCCGCUGCCACGGAUAGAGCUUUCCAGCGUGUACCGUGGACUAGUGUUCCUUCUAGCGAUGAGAUUCUAUACAAUCGCGAGGCUAGUGACUUGAUUACGAAGGUACUCGUUAGUGACGGAUGGGCUAGCAUUGCGGCAAACAGUGAGCCUAAUGCCAAAAUCAAAACCAUCUCACAGUCAGAGUACUUCUUCCAGCACGGAGAGAGAGGAGGGCUCUUGGAGACCUAUCUGGUAUCAGCAGCAGCCCGUGGAAACUUCAAGCUUUGGAUGAAUACACUCGCCACCAGGGUCGAGAGAAACGGAGGUAGCGUCACUGGUGUGCAAGUUGAGCCUUCUGGUGACGGCGGAUACAAUGGCACUGUCAAGCUUACUUCAGGCGGCCGAGUUAUUCUUUCCGCAGGAGUGUUUGGCACAGCCAAGAUUCUGUUUCGGAGCGGGAUUGGCCCCAAAGAUCAGCUAGACGUCGUCCGGAAAGCAGAGCCAGAUUCACUCAUCGACUCUGCCCAAUGGAUUGACCUUCCGGUCGGGCACAACCUCGAUGAUCAUUUAAAUACAAACAUCAUGUUCGAGCAUCCGGACAUAGUGAACUACAACUUCAACAGCGCUUACAAUAACCCUAUUCCAGAUGAUGCAGCAGCAUAUCUUAGUGAGAUCACAAAUCUGCCCUUGCAAGAUGGUUUGACUUUACUAACUAACAGUGAUUUUACAGCCGACAGAUCAGGCAUCUUGACCCAAGCCGCCCCGAACAUCAAUCCCAUCUUCUGGGAUGCGGUCAAAGGAGACGACGGCAUCGACAGGUGGUUUCAAUGGACGAGUUAUGUUGGCGGACCACAAAGAGGCAAGACAUACAAUACUUCCGGCAUUGCAGCUGCCCUCGGACUAGGCAAGACUUCGAGGGGACGCGUCACAAUUAACUCGUCCCUCGUUAUGGAUGUCAGCGUGCUUCCUUACUUCAAUGACGAAGGAAACAAUGACUUCGAAUCCGUUGUGGCUACUGUUAGUGGGGUCGUCAAGGCGAUUUCUUCCAUUCCUGGAGCCACGAUGAUCAACCCUGCCCCUGGUCAAGAAGUACGAGAUUACGUUCGAAAUUUGGCGGUUGAUGCCGGCCGUACCGCCAAUCACUGGGUCGGAACUGCUCGUCUUGGAACUGACUCUGCCCUUGAGGGGGGUAAAUCCGUCGUCGAUCUCAACGCGCAAGUUUAUGGAACUAUAAACUUGCAUGUUGUUGACGCGGGAAUACUCAAUGGUAUUUUUACCGCGAAUCCGCAAGCUGGUAUUGUUGUUGCUGCCGAGAAGGUCGCGGAAGCUAUCAUCAAACUUCAUGAAUAGACCGGAGCUUUGUCGCCGUGUUUGCCCGUAAUUGUGGUGGUGAAGACUUCAGAGAGUCGCUCAAUUGCUUUGGUUAAGGCAUCCUCGCCUAUGCGAACCU